AGCUGUGCCCCUGCAGCCCAUGGAGGCCCACAGGGGCGCAGAGAUCCACCUGCAGCCUGUGGAGGACCCCAUGCCAGAGCAGGUGGAUGCCUGAAGGGGUCUGUGACCCCAUGGGAAGCCCGUGCUGGAGCAGGCUCCUGGCAGGACCUGUGGACCCGUGGAAGGAGGAGCCCACGCUGGAGCAGGAUUGCUGGCAGGACCUGUGAUCUUGGGGUGGACCCACACUGGAACAGCCUGUUCCUGAAGGAUUGCACCCUGUGGAAGGGACCCACCUGGAGCUGUAAAUGAAGAGCUACAGCCAUGGGAAGGACCCACCUUGGAGAAGUUUUUGGAGAACUGUCUCCCGAGGGAGACACCACAUGCCGGAGCGAAGGAAGACUGUAACUAUCGCCCAUGGGAGCAACCCCACGCCGGAGCAGGGAAGUGUGACUCUCUCCAGUGGGAGCAACCCCACUCCAGAGAAGGGGAAAAAUGUUCCUGUCUCCAGGGGGAGAAACCCCACCCCAGAGAAGGGGAAAAAUGUUCCUGUCUCCAGGGGGAGAAACCCCACUCCAGAGAAGGGGAAAAAUGUUCCUGUCUCCAGUGGGAGAAACCCCACUCCAGAGAAGGAGAAAAAUGUUCCUGUCUCCAGUGGGAGAAACCUCACUCCAGAGAAGGGGAAAAAUGUUCCUGUCUCCAGCGGGAGAAACCUCACUCCAGAGAAGGGGAAAAAUGUUCCUGUCUCCAGUGGGAGAAACCUCACUCCAGAGAAGGGGAAAAAUGUUCCUGUCUCCAGUGAGAGAAACCCCACUCCAGAGAAGGGGAAAAAUGUUCCUGUCUCCAGGGGGAGCAACCCCACUCCAGAGAAGGGGAAAAAUGUUCCUGUCUCCAGUGGGAGAAACCCCACUCCAGAGAAGGGGAAAAAUGUUCCUGUCUCCAGGGGGAGCAACCCCAUUAUGGAGCAGGGGAAAAGUGUGCCUGUCUCCAGUGGGAGAGACCCCAUUCCAGAGCACGAGAAGAGUGUAACUGUCUCCAGAGGGAGUGAUCCCAUGCCAGAGCAAGGGAAGAUUGUCGCUGUCUCCAGUGGGAGCAACCCCAGUCCGGAGCAAGGGAAGAGUGCAAUAGGUGUCUCCAGUGGGAGUGAUUCCAUUCCAGAGCAGGGGAAAAGUGUGAUCAUCUCCAGUGGGAAUAACCCCAUUCCAAAGCUGGGGGAGAGUGUAACCGUCUCCAACGGGAACAAGCCUAUUCUGGAGCAGGGGGAGAGUCUGAAUAUCUCCAGUGGGAGAGACCCCAUGCUGGAACAAGGGAAGAGGGUAAUAACUGUCUCCAGUGGGAGUGACCUCAUUUCAGAGCAAGGGAAGAGUGUAACCAUUUCCAAAGGGAGCGAUCCCAUUCCAAAGCAAGGGAAGAGUGUGACUGUCUCCCGUGAGAGUGACCCCGUUCCAGAGCAGGGGAAGAGUGUGAAGAGUCCUCUCCAUGAGGAAGGAGCAGCAGAAAUGCCGUGUGAUAAACCGACCACAGCCCCUGUUCCCAGUAGAACUGAACUGCUGCGGGAAAAGAGGUGCCAGUCAGCCACUCCACCGCCCCUGUUGUCCCCACAAAGGAGCCCUGGCUACCCCCUCAGUGACAGUGAGGAUUCUUCCCACUCUACUGGGCUCUCCCGAGUGUCCAGGUCCAGGCUGUGCCUCAAGGACUGGAACAGCCGCACAUCCACGCUGCGAAGCACCUCCAUGAGCCCAUCGGACUCCGACUCCCCGAGCCACCCCCUCAAAGCCAUCAGUGUGGGUGCUUUGGAUAAAAGGCUGUCAGUGCUCAAGGCUGACCAUAAGGAGAGUCCAAAUGAAGCUCAAGAUGGGGAAGCAAUAGGGAGCCAUCCACUCACCCAGAGCACUCUGUCCUUGGGCACGGCCACCAAACUGAGGACCCUCUCCAUCAGCAGAGUGAGCGUGCGCUCGCAGGCGCUGGACAUCAGGCAGAAGAUCACAGAAUGGGAAUGCCGCCGGGAGCUGUCCCCCAGGACAAGCGUGUGUGUGGACAAGAGGGAUGCUGGGGAGAGGUUGAGCGGUGAGAGCUGUCCCAGUGUGCUGACCUCUCCCUGCAGCGACAAGACGUUUGAUUUCAAAGGGCUCAGAAGAAUGAGCCGAACAUUUUCCGAGUGCUCUUACCCGGAAACAGAGGAGGAGGAACUGCUGGACAGGGAUUCCCGCCAUCGUUUUGAAAAGAGACCAGGCAGGAGUGAACCUCCUUCUGCCACUUUCCUUAAGAGCCAUGUGAGGAAAGAGUCCUCUGCUGUGCUCAACAGAAUCCAGAAGAUCGAGCAGGCACUGAAGGAGCAGUCGGGCAGAGGCCUCCCCCAGUUACCAAGUAGCUGCUACAGUGUGGACAAAGGGAGGAAAAAGUCUGGGACUCUGAGUACUGUGGAGGGACUGAGUGAGACCCUGAGCGAUAGCAAAGGAGGGAGUGUUAUUUUCGGGAGUGAACCAGAAACGCCUCCUGAGGCUGAGAAAAGCAGUAAAACAAAACAGGGGGUUACUGCGAACUCAGCCGGCCCCAAAGUGCUCCGGGAAAGUGCGGCUAAGAGCGCCGUCAAUCCCGUCCCCAAGCCCAAACGCACCUUUGAGUACGAGGCAGACAAAUCCCACAAAAGCAAACCAAGCAAUGGCCUACCUCCAUCUCCCACGCCUGCUGCUCCUCCUCCCCUCCCGUCCACUCCUGCGCCCCCCGUGACCAGGAGGCAGAAGAAAGAGUCACGCUUUCACAGAAAAUCCCAGAAUAGAAAAUCUUUUGAGUUUGAGGAUGCCUCAAGCCUGCAAUCCCUGUACCCUCCCUCCCCAACUGAAAAUGGAACCGAGAGCCAGCAUAAAUUUGGAUCCAAGAGCACUUUAGAAGAAAAUGCCUAUGAAGACAUUGUAGGCGAGUCACCCAAGGAAAACCCGUACGAGGAUGUGGAGCUGAAAGGCCGUCACGCGGGGCGAAAAUCCCAUCAGCUGUCGGAGAACUCCCUCGAUUCCCUGCACAGGAUGUGGACGCCGCAGAACAGGAAAUACACGGCACCCGCGCAGCUGCCCUCGAAGGCCGGCAGCCACUCCCUGCGCGUGGGGAACUGGUCGGAGAGGAAGAGCCACCGCCUGCCGCGGCUGCCCAAGCGGCACAGUCACGACGACAUGCUGCUGCUGGCUCAGCUGGGCAUCCCCUCGUCCCCCUCGGGCCUCCACGAGGACAGCCUGAGCGCUGCCAGCGAGCUGCUGUCCACACGGCGCGCCAGGAGGAUCCCAAAGCUUGUCCAAAGAAUCAAUUCCAUCUACAGUGCAAAAAGAGGGAAAAAACGGCUGAAAAAGCUUUCUAUGUCCAAUAUUGAGACAGCGUCCCUACGAGAUGAGAACAGCGAGAGUGAGAGUGACUCAGAUGACAGGUUUAAAGCUCAUACCCAGCGCCUUGUGCACAUCCAGUCAAUGCUGAAGAGGGCUCCAAGUUAUCGAACCCUGGAACUGGAGUUGAUUGAGUGGCAGGAGCGGGAGUUAUUUGAGUAUUUUGUGGUAGUGUCUCUGAAAAAGAAGCCCUCUAAAAACACUUAUAUACCAGAAGUGACAUAUCAGUUUCCCAAGCUGGAGAGACCAACCAAGCAGAUGCGGGAAGCGGAGGAGCGCCUCAAGGCUAUCCCGCAGUUCUGCUUCCCUGAUGCGAAGGACUGGCUCCCCGUCUCUGAGUACAACAGUGAAACCUUCUCUUUCAUGCUGACUGGGGAGGAUGGGAGCCGGCGGUUCGGGUACUGCAGGAGGCUAUUGCCCAAUGGAAAAGGCCCACGCCUACCUGAAGUUUACUGUGUCAUCAGCCGCCUGGGGUGCUUUGACUUAUUUUCCAAGAUCCUGGAUGAGGUUGAAAGAAGAAGGGGAAUAUCUGCUGCCCUGGUUUAUCCAUUUAUGAGAAGUCUGAUGGAAUCUCCUUUUCCUGCACCUGGAAAGACAAUCAAAGUCAAAACCUUCCUGCCUGGAGCUGGAAACGAGGUCAUCGAGCUGCGGAGGCCCAUGGACUCUCGCCUGGAACACGUGGACUUUGAGUGCCUCUUCAGAUGCCUCAGCAUGCGGCAGAUCAUCCGCAUCUUCGCCUCCCUCCUGCUGGAGCGCCGUGUCAUCUUUGUGGCAGACAAGCUCAGCACCCUGUCGAGCUGCUCCCAUGCUGUAGUGGCCCUGCUGUACCCCUUCUCCUGGCAGCACACCUUCAUUCCCGUCCUGCCCUCAUCCAUGAUUGACAUCGUGUGCUGCCCUACCCCCUUCCUGGUAGGACUGCUCUCCAGUUCUCUGCCCAAACUCAAGGACUUGCCUGUGGAGGAGGCUUUGAUGGUUAACCUGGGAUCUGAUCGAUUCAUCAGACAGAUGGAUGAUGAAGACACCCUAUUACCUAGAAAACUGCAAGCUGCUCUGGAGCAGGCUCUAGAGAGAAAGAAUGAACUGAUAAAUCAGGAUUCAGAUAGCGAUUCAGAUGAUGAAUGUAACACCCUGAAUGGAUUAGUGUCUGAGGUUUUUAUCCGAUUCUUUGUGGAGACAGUUGGCCAUUAUUCCCUGUUCCUAACCCAGAAUGAAAAAGGAGAGCGUGCCUUCCAAAGGGAGGCUUUCCGUAAAUCUGUGGCCUCCAAGAGCAUCCGCCGCUUCUUGGAAGUUUUCAUGGAAUCCCAAAUGUUCGCUGGCUUCAUCCAGGACAGAGAGCUGAGGAAAUGCAGGGCUAAAGGGCUCUUCGAGCAGAGGGUGGAACAGUACUUGGAAGAGCUCCCGGACACGGAACAAAGUGGAGUAAACAAGUUCCUGCGAGGCCUCGGUAACAAAAUGAAGUUCCUUCACAAGAAGAACUAGCUCCUUCCUGCUCAAACACCACCCCCAAGCCUGUUUAUGGCGCUGCGUGAGACACCUGCGGCGUUCAGUGCGGAGUGGGAGGAGAGCGGAGUGAGCUGAUGGCAGCUCCAGGCCACGACCGAUGCUGUGUCAGUGUGCCACGGGAUGGCUCCUCCGUGUAUUUGGGUAGAGUCUGUACAUAAUAUGCUGUAAGCUUAUGUAACUGAUUUUGUAAUGAGCGAGAAAACUGUGGUAAAUAUUUGUAUAUUCCUGAGAAUACCAGGUGCUUGUUUUAUCCUUUAGUAUGAGUUGAGUUAUGCUUGGUGCAAAAGUGAGUAGCUGAUUAUGUGCAGCUGACUGUCUCGGCAGAACCACUGACUUCAAGGGAUGUUUGAUGCCUGAACACUGUAGGUUGAAUGAGCUCGGGUACGUGGGAGAGGUUGUACGCACGGCACAGGCGCUUGUCUGUCUGUUUCCUCCGAAUUAAUUUUAAAGGAGAAAUAACAAAGUAACUCGACAAUAAGGUACUUGGUUCACAUUGCAAAACCUCCACCUGGUUUGAACUCUGGUCAGUAAACUCCUUGUAACCCAUUCUGCACUAAGACUGCUAAGCCUGGGGAGAUCUCAGCUCUCUGACAUGCAAGCUGCAGUGAGUAGGUACAGUACAGCCUUUCCUAAUGUAUGUAUGUAUGGAUCCUAAUAAACUCUGUAAAUAGACCUCUUUGUUUAUAUUCAUUGCAAACCUCUGCACUUCCUCAUGUGGAAUAGGUACAAACCUAGCAACUUGCCUGUGAUUUUUAAAUGAAUUUGUAAUUAAAAUGUAAAGUGGUUAUUAUGAACCUGUCUUUUGGUAGGUUUGCUAUUUCACGACAUGUAGUUUGGGGUUUCUUCAGUGUUUUUCACCGGGGCUAAGACGAGGCAUUUUAUACCCUUUAAAAAAAAUUUUAUCCUAACAGAAACAUCUGUUAAGAAAUUUUUUCAUGGGUUAGCAGUGAAUUAUUUUAUUACUGUAUCACAGAUACUGCUUCUGACCUGUGGUAUUUUCAGUUGGCUUUGUGCUGUGCUUUGUGUUCAAGUGUCAUAUUCUUCCUUGAUCUGGAAACAGAACUCCUAUUGAGGUUCUGUAAGUUUUCCCCAUAAUCUGAAGAAGAAAAUAUUAAAAAAAAAAAAAAAAAGCUUCAAGAUGUUGCAAGUCCAACAGAUAAUGAAAAUUAACUAAAGCCUCUUACCUUUAAAGGAAACCCACCACGCUCUGGUUUUCAUCACUUGCAGUGUGAUUGCUGUAGUUAGUUGGGCUUUGAGGCUUGCGCAGUUCCUGACCUGACAGUGGUUCUGGUUUGCUAUCAGCCUCAUAGAGCAAAUUUGAGGGGCUAGUCACUAAAAAGGUGAAGUCAUUUCCUUUUUCAGUUACCUCCCUCACACUUGAAAAUACACAAAAGCUUCUUAAGUAUAUGUGAAAUGCCUGUAAAAUACCGAGUGCUUUUGAUUCAGGGGAAAUGUCACUACCACUGAUAACUUCAAUUAGUUUUACUCUGUAGUAUCCUUCCAAGUUCCAGAAUGAUUCCUAGAUGGAAUUCUUCAGAGUGGGAGGAAUAACGUCACUUGUGCAGGUGGCUUCUGGCCUUUUUAUAAACAACAGCCGCUUAUAAAUGUAGGGGAAAAUUCAUAAUUCCUCUUAAGAAAAUGAUGGAUAAAACUUAAUCCGGACAUGCUGUAGAAUUACUGCAAAGGCAAGACAAAGUCACGGAAUGCUGGUCUACAAGAAUGUGGUUCUGUAAAACUCAUCUCCUGUACCAAAGCUGUUUUCCUCCAUUUGCACUUUAAAAAUUAAAGGAGAAAACUUUUAAACGUUGUGUUAUCUGUCAACACGUUCCCGCUUUUGUAAUGUGAAUCUGAGGAUACUCUUGGACAAGGUGAGAUCAUGGCCAAAAAACUUGUAGGUGACUUUUUGAUCCUCAGGCUACAGCUGCGUAAAACAAUCCUUGUGUUAUCUGGAGGUGUGUUUGAAGGGAUCAGAUGAACAAAAAACAAGGAGUGCAUUGUUUUCCCUACUAAAUUAGUUGUUAGAACUAAUGGUGUUCCUCAGCAUGGAACAUUUUAAGUGCACCAGGAAAAUUCUAAAGAAGCAUAAAUCCAGUGCUGAGGCCUGUGUUUAAA